AUGGACCUUGAAUCAUUACUGGAAUAUCGACACUCCAAGCUGCCGAGCACUUCCAGCAUCCGCCUCCUCGAACGCCUUGACUCCGCAACCACAGAGGGCCACCUCACUUUCAAGGUGCACACGCGCCACAUCAACGAGUCGGUCCUGAGAUACCACUGCCUCUCAUACACCUGGGGUAACCCCUUUGCUCACGGCAAUGGUUUUGAGGCGGGUUUUGAGGCGGCGUCGGAGGCGUACGCGGCGUCGGAGGCGGCCCGCGUCCCCGUCGUCCUCGACGGCAAAUUGUUCUACGUGCAGCGAAACCUACAGGAAGCGCUGCGGACCAUUCCUGCCACAGCGUACAUGGACCGUUUGAAUAGGCAUGACACGACGGAUGGGGAGCAGGGGGUGAAAGAUCUAGAGCGUGCGGCCUCCUCGGCGGCAGAUCCCUUGCCCGAAGGCGGCGCGGACAGGUUGAUCUGGGCGGACGCGAUAUGCAUCGACCAGUCCGACAUUGUGGAGAAGAGUGCGCAGGUCGAUAUGAUGGACAGGAUAUACAGCAACGCGGGGUACGUCCUGGCCUGGCUGGGGCCGGAGGACGAGCACACGGGCCGCGGGCUGCAGGCCGCGAACAUCCUAACCACGCACCUGGACGCCUUCGAAGCAAGCCGCAUAUCACCUUGGCUGGGCCACGACCGGGAGCGGUACCUCGAGGCCGGCAUCCCGCACCUCGCCCGGGCGGACUGGGACGCGCUGGCCAGCAUCUACCAGCGGCAGUGGUUCCGCCGCGCCUGGGUCGUGCAGGAGGCCGUUCUCGCGCGCGUCCUCCUCGUCUACGUGGGCGGGUGGCCGGUGCCGUGGUCCGACCUCGGCACCCUCGCGCACGCGCUGCGCCGGCAGGAGGGCCGGCGGGGGUCGUCCAGGGGCACGCGCUACGAGCCCACGAGCGGCGCCGGCGUGUCGGUCGAGUGGAACGCGGCCGAGAUGUUUCGGUGGCGCGAGAGCAUGGGCGUGACGCGACGGGAGGAGAGCGCGCAGCGGCUCUUUUGCCUGGGUGGGCUGGUGGACGCCUUUUGGACGUUUCGCGCGACGGAGCCUGCGGAUAAGAUCUUCUCCGUCUACGGCCUGAUCAACGCGUUUGCAGAGGAUGAUGGCGGGCGUCGCGCGACGGACUACGGACGAUCGGUGGAGAGCGUGUACACGAACGCGACGAGGAGGAUCAUCAGAGAGCAGGGCAGCCUAGAGGUCCUGUCCCGCAGCUUGUACUCGACGGGGCGACGGGCCGGCUUGCCGGGCUGGGUGCCUGAUUACAGCGUGCCGGCGAUUAACCCGAUCCCGAGCACGUUUGCCGCGAGCAAGGGUUUGCGGUUUGAGCUUAGUGUCGACAGCCAGGAAGACGACGACGAUCCGCAGCUACGGGUCCGAGGUAUGCGACUCGGGACACUCUCUCGGGUGGCUGGCAGGCAAGGCACCGGACCGCUCGACAAGUUCACCUUCAACCCGAAAUGGUUCAGCAUGCUUCUCUCCUUGAAAGACUUACCCGUGUGUGGCGGUCGGCGGAAGCGUCCAGCCUUGGCCGAGCUCCUGUGGCGGACGCUGUGCAUGGACAUGACGUACGGCGGCUUCCUCAGCGCCACCGACCCCGGCGCGGCCAGCGCGCCGGACGAGUACCGGGAGCAAUUCGCGUCCUUUGUGCUGCUCACGCUCAUGGCGCUCGCCGACCGCCGGGUGCUGGAGAAGAACGGCGUGGACCUUGACGACGCCCCUGCGGUGAGCGCGUGGGACGCCGCUGCGUACGACCCGUUUCAGGAGGACCUCGCCCUGGCGCUGCGGGACCUCGACGCCAUCAUCGCACGCGACGAGGAGUCCGCCAAGUUCAUGCCGCCGAGCGACCUAGUCGUGCAGUUCUGGAACGACGUCCGCUGCACCAUGGUGCGCUGCACGCCCGACGAGGGAGAGGGCAGCGCUCGCGACUUUACCGUGCCGCGCACGGUGCUCGAGGGCAGCAGCCGGUGCGUCGGCGCGGGCCGCGUCUGCACAGAGUCGCGCAUGUUUCGGCGGUGCUUUGGCUUCGCGUCGGCGUACGCGGUCGCCUUGGGCUACAGGCAGCUGGUGGCCGUCGACGACAUCAACUUGGGGCUGGCGCCGCUGCCGGCGGGUGCGGGCGACGAGGUGUGGAUCCUGCCGGGGUUGGCAAGCCCGGCGGUGCUGCGGAGGACGGAGGAGGAUGGUGUGUUUUCGUUUAUCGGGUGCUGCUAUAUACAUGGGCUGAUGCAUGGGCAAGCAGUGGAUGAAGCUGAGGCCAAGGGGGAGAAGCUUGUUGAUGUUGUGAUGAUGUAG